GGUGGGGUGGGGGGGUCUCCCAGAGGGCCUGGGCUCUGAGUGGUCAUGCUUCGCAGGACGUUGCUUUUGGGCUUGGGCCGGGGCCCCUUGGGCCGGGGUCUAGGCACACACAGAGGAGGCUCUGUUCUGGACCGAGAUGGAAAGAUGUCCGAGAUCAAGAAGAAGAUCCAGUCAAUCCUUCCCGGCGGGGACUGGAAUCCACCGUACGACAUCAGCUACCUGCCCCCUGAGAGCUCGGAUGUGGUGAUUGUGGGGGGUGGGGUGCUUGGCCUGUCCGUGGCCUAUUGGCUGAAGAAGUUGGAGAAGCCACGAGGUGCCAUUCGAGUGCUGGUGGUGGAACGGGACCACACGUAUUCCCGGGCCUCCACUGUGCUUUCCGUGGGCGGGAUUCGUCAGCAGUUCUCGGUGCCUGAGAACGUCCAGCUCUCCCUCUUUUCAAUUGACUUUCUACGGAACAUCAAUGAGUACCUGGCUGUAGCUGAUGACCCUCCCCUGGACAUCCAGUUCAACCCAUCAGGUUAUCUCUUGCUGGCUUCAGAAAAGGGUGCUGCCAUCAUGGAGAACAACGUGAAGGUGCAGAGGCAGGAAGGAGCCAAAGUUUGCCUGAUGUCUCCUGAGCAGCUUCGGAACAAAUUUCCCUGGAUAAACACAGAGGGCGUGGCUUUGGCAUCUUAUGGGAUGGAGCACGAAGGUUGGUUUGACCCCUGGUGUCUGCUCCAGGGGCUUCGGCGAAAGGUCCAGUCCAUGGGGGUCCUCUUCUGCCGCGGAGAGGUGACACGUUUCGUGUCUUCGUCUAACCUCAUGAAGACUGCAAGUGGGGAAGAAGUGAAUUUGAAAAGGAUCCACGAAGUUCAUGUGAAGAUAGACCAAAGCCUGGAGUACCAGCCCGUGGAAUGUGCCAUAGUGGUCAACGCAGCAGGGGCCUGGUCUGGCCAGGUUGCAGAGCUGGCUGGCAUUGGGAACGGGCCACCUGGCACCCUCCAGGGCACCAAGCUACCUGUGGAGCUGAGAAAAAGGUACGUGUACUUGUGGCACUGCCCCCAGGGACCAGGCCUGGAGACCCCGUUCGUUAUAGACCCCAGUGGAACCUAUUUCCGCCGAGAAGGAUUAGGCCAUAACUACCUGGGUGGCUGUAGCCCCACUGAGGAGGAGGAACCGGAUCCAGGGAACCUGGAGGUGGACCAUGAUUUCUUCCAGGACAGGGUGUGGCCCCCUUUGGCCCAGAGGGUACCGGCUUUUGAAACUCUGAAGGUUCGGAGCGCUUGGGCCGGCUAUUACGACUACAACACCUUUGACCAGAAUGGCGUGGUGGGUCCUCACCCACUGGUCAUCAACAUGUAUUUUGCCACGGGCUUCAGCGGCCACGGUCUCCAGCAGGCCCCUGCCGUGGGGCGAGCUGUGGCGGAGAUGGUGCUGGAGGGCCACUUCCAGACCAUCAACCUGAGCUCCUUCCUCUUCAGCCGCUUUUACUCGGGAGAGAAGGUCCAGGAGCACAAUAUCAUCUGAGCCUGUAAGCUCUUCGCUGGGCCCUGCCGCCCUGUCCUGUCCGCCGUGGCCUCCCUACACUCUCCUGUCCCUACAGGGCUGGGCGGGCAGGCUGACUAUGGGCUGUGAGGCCCAGGCCAACAGAGAGUGUUGGAGGGGGAGACCCCAGGACUGACGGCCCGGGCUGAGGCCACCCGCCAAGGCAGUGCAGCCGGACAGAAUACCUGAGCACGUGGCCCAAGACUGCCUUCUUCCUGGUACUGAGCCAGCAAGAUCACCUAUGCCCCUCUUGGCAGGCUACCCCGGAGCCCGGGCAGGGAGCCUUCCAGGGCGGCUGGUACAGAUUUAGUGACCAUUUACCUACUCAUCAAUCAAUAAAUGUUAUUACUCUUUCCAGUCA